AUACAGAGACAAGAGUACGAAUUAGAUAUAAAAUAUUUCUCAAACAAUUCUAUGUGGACAAAACAUUUAUUCUACUUUUACAAUCCUUAACCGUCAUGAAAAAUAUGGUAAACACUCUCGAAAAACUUUCAAAUGAAUUAUUUAUGUUUGUCUUUGAUUAUAUGAACGCCAUUAAUAUAUUUGAAUCGUUUUAUGGACUGAAUUCAAGAAUAGAUAGAAUAAUUGAUCAUAAACCAUUUUUUCAUGUGAAUUAUCCUAGUGAAGCACCAUCACCGAAGAUAUUCUCUCAUGUUUUUCCAACUAUUGUGGAAAGAAUUAGAUCACUAAAAUUCUCUGAUAUAAUUUUAUUUAACAGCUAUAGCGAUGAAUUAUCGUUCAUACGAUUUUCGAUGUUACAACCCUAACCAUGGUAAAAAUUCCUUUUGAAGAUUUAAAGUGUUUUAUUCCUAAUUUAUAUCACAAAUUACAUUGUUUGAAACGAUUAGCUAUUGUUCAAGGUUUAAUGGAUUCACCGUUUGGCAAGGCAAAAGAAGAAAUCUAUGGACUUAUUUUGUGUGAUAAAUUACCACAAACAUUAAAAACAUGUAUUUUGGAUCUAAAACUACUUUCACAUAUGCCAAAAUUAAAAUAUUUGAAGAUAGUAUUAACCACUGCUGGUUAUGAUGAUUCGCUAAAUACUUUAUUUUCGAGUUUUCCUAAUUUGAUUGAAUUAUCAUUAUAUUGUAUAUGUUAUACCAAUUAUGAAGAAUGUUUAUUCGAUGGUUUGCAAUGGGAAAAAUUCAUACUAAUGUAUUUACCAAGAUUAAAAAUAUGCAGGUUAUGGUUUAGAAUUAAAAUGAUGAAAUUAUCCGAAAUCGACAAAAUAAAUGAAUUAAUAAUAAAUUUUGAACAAACAACCAACAUUUGGAAACAACGAAAAUGGCUUGUUAAAUGUGAGAAACUAAAGGAUGAAUUACAUUUAGUUCUUACUAUACCAGAACAGCAGUUGCAGAUGGAUAUUACAAAAUCAGGAGGGUUUGGUACUGAUACAUAUUUUUGA